AUGGUGAGAAUGCAGCCACAGCCCUCCGUUUUUGAAUUCACCAGACAAUUGCAAGUUAUUGUCAAUAUGAAACAAUACUGGGUUGCCCUCAAACUGUUCGACGAAAUGCGUCAACUGGGGCUACUAAAAGGGCUCUUUUUAGAUGGUAAGGUGGCCGAGGUGGAGAAAUUGUUUAAGCAGAUUUUGACUUUGAAACUUUGCGAGCCAAACGAUGUUACGAUUCGUACUGUGAUAGAUGGGCUCUGCAAAGCUAGACGUGUUCUUGUUGCCCAUGACUUGCUUUUGUUAUUGGAAAAGAGUAUCUAUAAGCCCAAUGUUAAGGCUUAUAAUGCGGUAAUUAAUGGCUUAUGCAAGACCGGAACGGUAGAUAAUGCUCUCCAGCUGAAGUCUGGAAUGAUUGAUAAGGGAAUUUCACCUGACGUUGUCACAUAUAACUCGAUGAUUCAGGGCUUGUGCGAUUUUGGUAAUUGGAAAGAGGUCAAAGACUUAUUGAAUAAAAUGGUCAACCAAAAGAUUUGUUUAACUGUUGUUACUUUCAAUAUAUUAGUGGACUCAUUUUACAAGGAGGGAAAUGUUAAGGAGGCUGAGGAUGUUUUUGAAAUUAUGACGAGACAAAAUAUUUAUCCUAAUAUUUACACGUACAAUGCAUUGAUAGAUGGGUAUUGUUUGCAAGGGAAAAUGGAUAAAGCGAAACAAGUAUUUGAUUCCAUGGCUAGCAAGGGGAUUAAGCCAUGCAUUGUCACCUAUAACUCUUUAAUCAACGGGUAUUGCAAGAAUGGUAAAGUGGAUGAAGCUUGGCGUCUUUUUCUCGAAGUUUCUUCUAAAGGUUUAGAUUACCUUGAUACAAUUACCUAUAGCACCAUGAUACAUGGAUUAUUAAGUGAAGGUAGAAACGCUGAUGGAUGGAAACUUUAUAAGGAUAUGGAAGCUCGGCAAGUACAUCCUAAUUUAUACACUUGCAAUAUUUUGUUGGAAGGCUUGUGCAACACUCAUCAGAUUACCGAAGCAUUUUCAUUUCUACGGGUGAUGGAAGACAAAGGAGUAAGUCCUAAUAUAAUAACAUACGGUAUCCUGAUUAAUGGUUUAUGCAAAGAUGGGAAACUUGAAGAUGCAAAAAAGCUUUUAAACGAACUUCCUUCCAAAGGGUUGAAACCUGAUAAUCACAUAUAUGCUAUCAUUAUUGGUUCACUUCGUGAAGAAAGGUUCGUGGACGAGGCAAAAGAUUUGCUUAUAAAAAUGGAGAGAAGUGAUUGCGCACCGGAUAGCAUGACAUACAACAUCCUUAUCCAGGGUUUGCUAAAGAAGAAAGAGUAUGACAAGGCAAUCCCAUUCAUAGAGGAAAUGCACAAAAAAGGAUUCUUAGCCGAUGCAUCUACUUCGUCCAUGUUAAUUAAUCAGUUGCAAGGAUCCAAAAAAAAUGAUGUUCUUUUAGAAAUGAUGAAGAAAGUUGUGCCGAAAAUGUAAAUUAUUUAUUUUCGGCUUGUCAAGUUUAAUUAGUUUUUUGGAAUAUUGAAAAUGACUUGUUGGUCAUUAUUGAUUUUUCUUUUCUUCUUGAAUUUCUAUUUGGGCUUCUGCAUUGUCCUCCCAAUGAUAUUUGUGUUUCAUGUUUUUGUGAUUGUGGUUGGCUGGUUGUCGACUCAUA